AAUCCAGGAACAGCGAUUGAAAAAAAAAAAAGCUCCACCAGUGGACUGUUUCAAGUUCCCCCCGGCUGAAACCCUGCCUGAUUUGUGGGCAAUGUUGGGGAUGUAGAAAAAAAAGGAAACCGGAGCAAAGAGUGCGCAAGGGAGAGAUAGGGAGACAACACUAACUGGGUAGCUAUGGAGAUAGUAGGUUUUCCUGGUAGCUUUCUUUGACAGGUGUCGAGUGGGAUAAAAUAAAGUAUCAGAACAGCCUCCAAGAUGUACGGCAAGGGUAAAGGAGCUGUGGUCCCCUCCGAUAGCCAAGCAAGAGAAAAGUUAGCGUUAUAUGUGUACGAGUACCUGCUACAUGUGGGAGCACAGAAGUCCGCACAGACCUUCCUGUCCGAGAUUCGAUGGGAGAAGAAUAUUACAUUAGGGGAGCCCCCUGGAUUCCUCCAUUCGUGGUGGUGUGUAUUCUGGGAUUUGUAUUGUGCGGCACCAGACCGAAGGGAGACAUGCGAGCACUCCAGUGAGGCCAAGGCCUUCCAUGACUAUAGCGCAGCGGCAGCGCCCAGCCCAGUGAUGGGUAACAUGCCCCCCAACGACGCCAUGCCAGGUGGUCCCAUGCCCCCAGGCUUCUUCCAGGGACCACCCGGCUCUCAGCAGUCCCCCCACGCACAGCCCCCCCCACACAACCCCAGCAACCCCAUGAUGGGACCCCAUGGCCAGCCUUUCAUGUCUCCGCGGUAUCCAGGUGGACCGCGCCCCUCACUCCGAAUGCCAAAUCAGCCUCCUGGGGGAAUCCCUGGAUCACAGCCUCUCCUGCCAAACAGUUUGGACCCGACAAGACCGCAAGGACAUCCUAACAUGGGUGGACCAAUGAGAAUGAAUCCUCCUCGAGGAAUGGCCAUGGGCCCACAGAAUUAUGGAGGCAUGAGGCCUCCUCCCAACUCCAUGGGCGGUCCCAUGCCAGGAAUGAACAUGGGUCCUGGAGGAAGAGGGCCUUGGCCAGGACCUAAUGCUAACUCUAUAGCGUACUCCUCCUCAUCUCCAGGAAACUAUGUGGGUCCUCCAGGCGGAGGAGGUCCACCUGGAACUCCCAUCAUGCCCAGCCCAGGUGAUUCAACCAACUCCAGUGAAAACAUCUAUACAAUGAUGAAUCCUAUUGGACCGGGAGGAAACAGACCCAAUUUCCCCAUGGGACCUGGGCCUGAUGGGCCAAUGGGAGCUAUGGGAGCCAUGGAGCCACACCACAUGAACGGAUCACUAGGGUCUGGGGAUAUGGAUGGGUUGCCAAAGAGCUCUCCUAAUAACAUGGGGGGCAUGAACAACCCUCCUGGAACGCCGAGAGAUGACGGCGAAAUGGGCGGGAACUUCUUGAACCCAUUCCAAAGCGAAAGUUAUUCACCCAACAUGACGAUGAGUGUGUGAUUUUAUUUUUUCCUUUUUUUUGUAUUUUUGUUUAUUCUCCCCUCCCUCCCUCCCUAUUUUUGGUAACCCCUGCACCUGAUUUUUUUUUUUUCUUCAAUUCAAUCCCUACUUCACCUCGGAUUGGACCACCUCCCCUCCUCACAAACACACACACACACCUUCUGCUCCCUCCACCCCCACCCCUCAACAAUACGGGAUCCGCUCUCCCUCCCACCUCACCCCCUUCUUUUCCUCACCUUCUCGCUCUGGAACUCUACGGCCACACAGCCUUCCGGGACAGCCCUUGAGCAUGCUGGGACUCUAAUUAAGACGGGCCCUCCUGGAGCAUGCAAGAUGGCCGGCGGUCUGAAUAGGAAGCAGUCGCAGAGUCACAGGAAGAGCCUCCUCUCUGACUCCGGCCCUGGCCUCCCUGGCUUCCUGUCAGGGUCUAGACAAUGAGCAAGGGAAGGAGGACAAAACAGAGAGAAAGAGGGAGAGAGAGGAGACUGGAUAACACAGCCCUCCCCUGAGGACACAGCGUUGGGUCUCUUAGCAGCUGCCUGGAAGCUUCUCAACCAUGACUUUGGACUUUUUAAAACAUUUUUAUCGUCUUUUGUUUUUUUUUUGUUUUUGUUUUAUUUGUUCCCGACAGAUUCAGUGGAGGGUCGGACAAGACAACCCCUUUGCCCCACACAUUGUUCUCUCUGUGUACAUUUUUAACAGAGGUGUUGUGAUGAUCAGUGAACCCCCCCCCAUUUUUUUGUGUAUGUAUUGUAUCAUUGCUAUUUUUAUUAUUGUAUUAUUGUUAUUAAUGAUAUUGGUAUGAUCAUUUUAAGAUUAGGUUCUAAUUUCUGUUAUUUCUAAGGGCACAUGAUUAUGAUGAAGACGGCGUAUGUGCACACAAAUCAGAAAUUAUUUGCCGUGUGCGUUACAUGGCUCUAUGUGAGCACACUGCCCCCUGCAGGUGAGAUGGUACUGAUUGGCCCUUUUUAUAAUCUUUCUCAGAGGUUUUGCAACUUACUUUAAAAGAUCUAAAAUUUUACCUUCAUGUUCAAUAACCCACACCAGAAGAAGAAGCGGCUCCUGUUUUAGUAGCUUCCAUGCAGUGAAAUGCACAGCUCUAUUUAUUUAUGUACUUUUAAUUUGUCUUAUGAAUCAUUGUUACAUUUUUUGAAGUGUUAUCCCUGUUUUUUUGUCAACUGCAGAACUAGUAGCAACUGUGUAAAUAUGCAGAUCCACUCAGCAGCGUCUGUUUAUCUUCGUCUGACAUCAUUAGAUCCCCGUAUCCAAGCCCUAAAGGUGCUGAAGCUAUUGACCAUUUUUGACCCCCCUACACACACACACACACACACACACACACAGACACACACACACACACACACACGCUGCUUCCACUAAUGCUGCCCACUGAGGUCACUGCUCACUCCAGCGCGUGCGUAGGCUGCGUUUAUCGUCUCUCUGCUGACCUGACCCGUAGUGAACACUCGGAUUGUUUUUGUUUGCUGAUGAGUCCUCAACACACUGUGAUGUAUGUCGGUGCUUUAUGGAAAUUUGCUUUCACACACCAGUCAAUCUAGCUUGUAGACAUUUUGUUCUCAUCCCCCUUUACAGUCGCUUUCUGUUUUGUUUUUUUUUUUCUUUAAAAAAAAAAAAGGACUUCUGGCUCUCUGCUGAUCGGAUCCUCUGGGUUUUUAUGUUGGAGAAAAGCAGGUCAGGAAGCGACAAGGCGUUGCUCUGUUGACUGUAACGAGUGGCCUCCCUCCCCUUUUUGCUCAUCUUGAAGAAAAAGAGAAAAAGACCUCGGUCCUUUCCCCCCUUUUUCUUACCUUUCCAGCGGGCCAGCAUCAAUACACUCAGUCAUACAUCAUCCCUCUCUGAUUUUUUUUUUUUUUUUGUACAACUCUCCAUCUUUUGAUUUUAAUUUUUUUGUAAAUACUGUAAAAUGCAUUUUGAUAUCAUUGACAUGUUUUGAUAUUUCAGAUCACAACUUAAACAGUUGAUCAGAAUCGGCUGAUUCAGGCAACUGUGUGUAUUUGUUCAGAGAUGGUGUGUCUUUUACUCAGAAAUAAUAUGAAUGAUGAGAAACAGAAACUGGAGCUGCUAUAGACUAUUAUGCUAUUUCACCUCAUCAUAGACAAAAAAAAAAAAGACGUGGGGCUUUACUGUGCAUCAGAGCUGUAGCGUCAAGGGGUCUUAGAGGAGGAGGAAGGAAGAUUUUAUAGAUGAGUGUGUGUGUGUGAACGCCUUUAGCUAACUCACUGUCACACACAUUUCCUUGAAAACUCUUAAAAUUAAACACAGUUCUUUGUCCAAAAGCCUCCGUCCUCUAACUCUGUUCUUGGAAACUGAUAGUUUGAGGUGGCAAAAGGAGGAAAAAAAGAAAAAAAAAGCAGAACAGGCAUAUUUUUUUCUUGCCAUUUUUAACUGAGAAUUUGCAAGAACAGAGUGAAAGAGGUCAGUUUUUCAUAACAAAACUUGUCCCUUCUGUGUCUGCCUCCGACGCACUGCAUUUCAGCUUUUACCCUCUUGACACAACUGAAAAACCGAAAGCAGGGCACACAGGACACUGGCUCUCAAAUCCAACACACCAGGGACCAGAGUACAGACUUUACUAUGAAGGAUUUUUUUUUAUCUAUUUAAAAAUGGGGCGGGAGAAAUAUUCGGGGAAAGGUAGAGGGGGGGGGGGAGAAGAAUAAUGGACAGAUUUGUUGCUAAGGAGAGGUAGAGAAAGUGUGGGAACAGGCGUUUCCUCCCCCUGUACUUUGAAAUACUGUUGUAUAAAAUGCAGUCAAACUUCUCUCUAUCUUUCUGUCCUGUAAGUAAAAGCCGUCACAACGUUGAUCAUUUCUGUAUUUCUAUUGUGCUGAUGUAUAAUACUGUAACAUUCAGGGGUUAGGGAGGGUUAAGAGAGAAAUUUUUUGGGGUGGGAGUAAAGAUUUUUUUUUUUGUUCAGUUCCUCAUUUUUCCUCUUGAUGACAAAGCAGUAUUGAAUAUGAGGCAGUCUGUCCUUGGGGAGUUGCUUUGUAUCUCAUGUUAGGGUAGUUUCAGAUCCUAAAUGUCUCGUGUAGUAAAAUAAGAGGUUCCUUCUUCGUAUGUUUCUUUAUAUUGUAAAGUUUCUUUAGAUAAAAAAAAAUGUUGCUUAUUGGAAAAAAGGUGGGAAAACUGCAUUGAUAAUAAAUGUAAUUUUUUUUUGGUUUUGUUUUAAUUUUCAUCAAGUUGUCAGUCGUUUUGCCUGUGUCCCCCUUGUUGUAGAUACAUAUUAAAAACAAAUAAAAUGACUUCACUCCUUUUGCCAUGAACAAGAG